AUGAAUAAUAAUAAAGCAAAUUAUCUAUGGUGUAAUCUAAAACUUGAAGAAAAUGAAAAAGCCUAUGGUUUAGGAAAUUAAAUAUUAGACACAGGAAUGAAACCUCCUAUGAUAGGAGGAAUCGAAGAAAUACAAAAAGAAAAUAUAUAAAUAAAUAGAUCGUGCGAUUUGAAUAAUUUUUUUCAACAAUAUAUUUGUUUGUUCACAAAUAUAGUUGGAUAUUAAAGAUUAUUGACUAAUGGAUAAUUAGAAAAAUAAUUUUUGCAUGCAGUAUCUUUAUAGAUUAAAGAAGAUCGUUCAAAAAGGCAAUAAUUAAAUAGUAUUUCCACUUAAUAGAGGAGAAGUUGUAUAAGAAUAAUAAUAGAAUCAAGCAAAGACAAAAAAUAAAUAAAAACAAGAAUCAUCUUCUGAUCUAUUUGUUACACUCAUUUAAUAAGUUAAAAGAGAAUAUAAAGAAGUAAAUUAUUAUCAUAUGCUCAAAGUAAAUAGGUAAUUUAGGAAAGAUCUUAUAAUUUAAACAUCCUUAAAUAAUUGAUUUAAACUUCGUAUUUGCUUAAAUAUUCGAUGAAAAUGAAGUUAAUUAACCAUUUAUUAGUUCCGAAUUAGCUGAAGAUGAAUUUGAAUUUAUUUCAUAUCAUUAGAGUGAUGCUAAUCCAAUUUAGAUUAUAAAUUCACAUGUUAAAUAAUUAAUACAAGCAUUAUAAUCUAACCAAGUAAGAUUUAGAGUUUUGUAAAUUUUUAGAAAUAAAUAUUAUAUUUUAAUGAUAAAACAGUAUUUCCAAUUAAUAAAUAUGAUGCAGUAUAGAAAAUCAGAUUGUUUAAGUCAGAUUUUAAAAAUAAUAGAAGACUUAUAAUUUACAAGAAUAAGAUAAAUAAUCUUAUUGAUUCAGAAAAUAACAAAAUUUUGAAUGUUCAUCAUUAUUUAAGUCCAAAAGCAUGUAAUAAUAUAUUUUAUUAAAAAGUGGAGAAUGGUCAAAGAUAUUUUGUAAGAGGUGAUUAUGUUUUUCAUCAUUAUAUGCAAGAUGGUUUUGAUGAUAAAGGUUGGGGAUGUGCUUACAGAUCAUUUUAAAGUGUAUUAUCAUGGUUAAUGGAAAAUGGAUAUACAAAAAAGAAAGAUAUUCCUAAUCAUAAAAGAAUUUAAUAAAUAUUAGUAGAAAUGGGAGAUAAAUCAAUAGACUUUGUUGGAACAUCAGAGUGGAUUGGUGCUUUUGAAGUAAGUAUGUUAAUUACAUAACUUACUGGAAUUGAAUGCAAAAUAUUAAAUGUAUCUAAAGGAACAGAUGUAAUAUCAAAAUUAUCAGAAUUUAAAAGCUAUUUUGAAAAUUAUGGAGCUCCAAUUAUGUUUGGUGGUGGCCUUUAUGCUUAUACUUUAUUAGGAAUUGAUUAUAAUGAUGAUGAUUGUAGAUUCUUAAUUUUAGAUCCUCAUUAUACUGCUAAUGACACCAUUAAAUCAGUCAUUGAAAAAUAAGGUGUAAGCUGGAGAAAAGCAGAUAUGUUUGAAGAAAAGCAUUUUUAUAACUUCUGCAUGCCUCUAAUAUAAUGA